AUGUACUCUGCAGCCCAGGGUGGUGAGGCUUUGGGGGCGGCGCCUCGGUCCCCCAACGGAAGCCAGCAAACCUACGUAAACGAGGCCGACUUGACAAACCACAUCGCCUCGGACAACAGCAGGUCAUACCUGGACGGCCACGAUCUGGGAUCCAAGGACAAGAAGGCAGGCAAAGGCGAUUCUGGGGACUCGACAUCGACGAGUGACGAUGACACCGGAAACGAGACGGAGAUGGAACGUCGACACUCCAUCGUGCAAGACCUUGCCCGUCAGUACACGCAACACUCGAUUGUCGACAUCCAAGGGAACCCGCAAACCCUUUUCGGAAGCGAUGACCCCAACUCGAAACUCAACCCCCGUGGCGAGAAGUUCAGUGCGCGAUCAUGGGCGAAGACCCUCGCCAAGAUGACCACUGAGCAGGGCGCAGGAUUCCGACAGGCCGGAUUUUGCUAUCAGAACAUGAACGUCUUCGGCUACGGCAACGAGACGGACUACCAGAAGGACGUCUCCAAUGUCUGGCUCGAGGUCUCGGGUCUUGUCAAAAAGCUUACGUCCAAGUCCGGCGGCCAGCGACGUAUCGAUAUUCUGCAAGACUUUGACGGUGUCGUUGAGGCGGGCGAGAUGCUUGUCGUCUUGGGCCCUCCCGGUUCAGGAUGUUCGACAUUCUUGAAGACCAUCGCAGGCGAGCUGAAUGGCAUUCACGUUGACGACCAGGCCUACUUCAACUACCAGGGAAUGUCUGCCAGGGAAAUGCACAAGCAUCACAAGGGCGACGCCAUUUACACCGCCGAGGUCGACGUCCAUUUCCCUCAGCUGUCUGUCGGACACACUCUCACCUUUGCUUCCCGAGCCAGAUGCCCCAACAACCUCCCGCCGGGCAUCACACGCAACCAGUACUCCGAUCACCUCCGCGACGUUGUGAUGGCCAUGUACGGAAUCAGCCACACCAUCAACACGCGCGUAGGUAACGAAUACAUUCGGGGCGUUUCUGGUGGUGAGCGUAAGCGCGUGUCCAUCGCUGAAGCUACCCUCUCGAACGCUCCUUUGCAAUGCUGGGACAACUCGACUCGUGGUCUCGAUUCGGCCAAUGCUGUCGAAUUCUGCAAGACCCUGAGGCUGCAGUCGGAACUCUUCGGUCAGACAUGUGCUGUGUCGAUCUACCAGGCCCCCCAGAGCGCCUAUGACUUGUUCGAUAAGGUUGCCGUCCUGUACGAAGGCAGGCAGAUCUUCUUUGGCUCGACGAAGCGGGCCAAGGAAUACUUCGAAAACCUCGGAUUCGAGUGCCCAGCGCGCCAGACAGUUCCGGAUUUCCUGACAUCCAUGACCGCUCCUUCGGAACGUGUUGUGCGCCCUGGCUGGGAGUCUCGAGUCCCUCGAAGCCCCGACGACUUUGCGGCGGCUUGGAAAGCCAGCCAGGCGUUCCGUGAUCUCCAGGCCCAAAUCCAGGAGUACAAGUCCGUCCACCCCGUCGACGGUGUUGAUGCAGAGGCCUUCCGCAACAUCAAGUCUGCUGUUCAGUCCAAGAACCAACGACUCAAGUCUCCCUUCAUUCUGUCGUACCCUCAACAGGUCAAGCUUUGCCUAUGGCGCGGGUGGCAGCGUCUCCUGGGUGAUCCGUCCUUGACCGUGUUCCAACUCCUCGCCAACUCGAUCAUGGGUCUGAUUAUUUCCUCUCUGUUCUACAACAUGCCGCAAACGACAUCCGCCUUCUACAGCCGUGGCGUUGUCCUCUUCACUGCCAUUUUGACCAACGCCUUCUCCAGUGCCCUUGAAAUUCUGACUCAAUACGCCCAACGACCUAUCGUGGAGAAGCAUGUGCGCUACGCAUUUUAUCACGCAUCCGCCGAGGCCUACUCGUCUGUCCUGGUGGAUAUGCCAUACAAGAUUGCCAACAGCAUCGUCUACAAUCUGGUCAUCUACUUCAUGACGAACCUCAACCGCGACCCGGGCGCCUUCUUCUUCUUCCUGCUGGUAUCAUUCCUGAUGGUCCUGACAAUGUCCGGAAUCUUCCGCUCCAUCGCUUCGCUCUCUCGAACCCUGUCCCAGGCAAUGGUCCCCGCCUCCAUCCUUAUCCUGGCUCUCGUCAUCUUCACUGGCUUCGUUAUUCCUGUCGACUACAUGCUGGGUUGGUGCCGCUGGAUCAACUACAUUGAUCCUGUCGGUUACGGCUUCGAGGCCCUCAUGAUCAACGAGUUCCACAACCGAGACUUUACCUGCAACGCGUUUGUGCCCAGUUCCACCGUGGCGGGCUACGAGGACGUCUCGUCCAGCAAUAGGGCCUGUUCCGCAGUCGGUUCCGUACCCGGGUCUGACGUGGUCAACGGCGACACGUAUAUCCAGGCGGCCUACCGGUACGAGCACAGCCACAAGUGGAGGAACGUCGGCAUCCUCAUUGCCUUUGCCAUUGCCUUCCACGUUCUCUACUUUGUCGCUUCGGAGUACAUCUCGGCCAAGAAGUCCAAGGGUGAGGUCCUCGUUUUCCGCCGCGGCGCUCUUCCCACCACCGCCAAGGGCCAGGACGAUGUCGAGGGCUCCCUUUCCGGUCCGCUCCCCGUGACCGAGAAGCCCAACGGCAAGUCGGGCGACGGCGUCAUCCAGGCUUCCACGAGCGUCUUCCACUGGAACAAUGUCUGUUAUGACAUCAAGAUCAAGGGCGAACCCCGCAGGAUUCUCGACCACGUAGACGGAUGGGUCAAGCCCGGUACCCUCACAGCCCUCAUGGGCGUGUCUGGCGCCGGAAAGACGACGCUUCUCGACUGCCUUGCUGAUCGUGUAUCCAUGGGCGUCAUCACUGGCGAGAUGCUCGUUGACGGCAAGAUUCGCGACCAGUCGUUCCAGCGCAAGACGGGCUACGUUCAGCAGCAGGAUCUCCAUCUCGAAACCACCACUGUCCGCGAAGCCCUGGAGUUCAGCGCCCUGCUGCGCCAGCCCGAGUCGACGCCGCGCGCCGAGAAGCUUGCCUACGUGGACGAAGUCAUCAAGCUGCUCGACAUGCAGGAGUACGAGGGCGCCGUGGUCGGCGUGCUGGGCGAGGGCCUCAACGUCGAACAGCGGAAGCGUCUGACCAUCGGAGUCGAACUCGCCGCGAAGCCACCUCUGCUGCUCUUCGUCGACGAGCCCACAUCCGGUCUCGACUCUCAGACGUCGUGGGCUAUUCUUGACCUGCUGGAAAAGCUGUCCAAGGCUGGCCAGUCCAUCUUGUGUACGAUCCAUCAGCCCUCGGCCAUGCUUUUCCAACGGUUCGAUAGACUGCUGUUCCUCGCCAAGGGCGGCAGGACUGUCUAUUUCGGUGACAUCGGAGAAAACUCAAAGACGCUCACAAACUACUUUGAACGCAACGGCGCUGACCCCUGCCCCCCCGGCGAGAACCCGGCAGAAUGGAUGCUCUCUGCCAUUGGCGCCGCACCCGGAUCCGAGACGAACGUCGACUGGCACAAGGCUUGGCGUGACAGCCCCGAAUACCAGGGCGUCUCCCGUGAACUCGAGCGUCUCAAGGCCAACGCCUCUCCGGCUGCCACCGACGAGGCCUCCCGGGCAGACGACAAGGCUUCGUUCCGCGAGUUUGCGUCGCCUCUGUGGGGCCAGCUGCUCAUCGUCACGCGCCGCGUCUUCGAGCAGUACUGGAGGACGCCGUCGUACAUCUACUCCAAGUUCAUCCUCUGCUGCUCCGUGGCCCUCUUCAUCGGUCUCGUGUUCCUCGACGCCCCCCUGAGUAUGCAGGGACUGCAGAACCAAAUGUUCGCCAUCUUCAACAUCUUGACCAUUUUCGGCCAGCUCGUCCAGCAACAGAUGCCGCACUUUGUCACGCAGCGCGCGCUCUACGAAGUCAGGGAACGGCCGUCCAAGACGUACAGCUGGAAGGUGUUCAUGCUCUCCCAGAUCAUCGUCGAGAUCCCCUGGAACUCGCUCAUGUCCGUCUUCAUGUUCAUCUGCGUCUACUACCCCGUCGGCCUGUACAAGAACGCCGAGGCGGCCGGCCAGACGACGGAGCGCGGCGGCCUCAUGUGGCUGCUGUUCUGGCAGUUCCUCAUCUUCACCUGCACGUUCGCGCACGCCUGCAUCGCCAUCACGGACACGGCCGAGGCGGGCGGCAACCUGGCCAACGUGCUCUUCAUGAUGUGCCUCAUCUUCUGCGGUGUGCUGGCCUCGCCCGACGCCAUGCCCCGCUUCUGGAUCUUUAUGUACCGCGUCUCGCCCUUCUCCUACCUCGUGUCAGCCAUGCUGUCGACGGGCCUCGCCAACACGCGCGUCACCUGCUCCGACGUCGAGCUCGUCAGCUUUGACCCGCCAGGCAACCAGACGUGCGGCGCCUACCUGAGUGACUACAUCAGCUCUGCGGGCGGUUACCUCACGGACCCCUCUGCCCAGUCCGACUGCAACUACUGCCCCAUCGCCGACACCAACGUCUUCCUCGACGCCGUCAGCGCGUCAUAUGACAACCGAUGGCGCGACUUUGGCAUCGGCAUGGUGUACAUCGCCUUCAACAUUGCCGCGUCGCUGGCUCUCUACUGGCUCGUCCGCAUGCCCAAGGGCAAGAAGAAGGCCUCGAGCUGA